CAAUCCACGCGCGACAGAACGCCUAGCCGAUGCGCCUGGUCGACGGACCGAUCCACCCUGGCCUCGCCGCGCACGAGGUGGCGCUGCGGCAGCUGCGCGCGGCCUCGAACUACGUCUUCGCCGACGCGGUGUCGAUCCAGCGCGUGCCCGAGAUCUCCGUGGCCGGCGUCGAUGGCUGCCUCGCAUGGCCGCCGACGCCGGCGCAGCUGCAGCAGCUCGCCACGCGCUACGCCGUCGAUCGCACCAUACUCGUGCCCGCCAAGCACAUGACCGUCCACGACGAAGAGGCGUGGGACAGGUACUUUGAAUCGCAGAUCCUCGACGUCGUCGAACACGGCCUCAGCCUCACGACCACCGACGUCGUCGCCAUCCCGACGCACCUGUGCAUCGACACCGAGGGCUCUGCCGACGCGCUCCUGCCGUUGGCCGUCGACCGCUCGGCCGCCGCCGACGAUUGCAAUACCAUUGGCUCGCUGCUCCUCGUGCUGCCCAGUGCGUUCGGCGGCGGCGACCUCACGUUUGCCUUCGAUGGCCACGCGACAGAGGUGCCGCUGACGCCGUGCGAGCACACGCUGCGCUUUGCAGCGACAUACAGGGACGCGAUCGUGACGUCGACGCGCAUCACGUCGGGCUGCCGCGUCACGCUCGUGCACCGAUUGGUCGGCGUCGACGUCGACGACGUCAGCACGUCGAUCUUACCGGUGACGCGCCAACAGAGCGUGGCAGCGUUUACGGCGAUCGCAGCCGCGCCUUUGCCGCUCAUCGAGCGCGUGGCUCGGCCGAUUCAGAUCCCAACGCUGACGUUCGAGGCCUUGGCGCCGGCGGACGCCGCGCUCGUGCAUGUCCUUCUCGCGACACACGCCUAUGACGUGGCGCUCGUCCGGUUCGAAGCCGGCAACGACGACGAGGACGAAGCGGACGAAGAGGCCCGAGACUUUCGCAACAUUGUGGCCUCCUGCGUCGUGCAUCCGUCGUGCGACGUCCCGCGUGCCGUGGCCGACCGUGUGAUCGGACGCAGUGCAAAUGCCUUCCUGCUCGACGCGCCGCAGGCCACCGAGUACUUUGUCUGCGCCGCGCACGCCAUCUUCUUCUGGCCCAAGGCGUCCCGCGCGGGGGUUGUCGGUAUCGACGUAGCGCUUCCGCUUCUCACGAGCGCGCUUCUCGAUGCGAAUGCACCGCGCCUCGGCCUCGACAGUGCGCACGACCUCGCCCGCGGCACCAUCGGCGUCUACCAGAGCAUGUCGAGACUCUACAUCGACCAAGAGACGUGCGAAAUCAACUACGAAAUCGACUACCUCCCUCCCGACCACGAGACCUUGAUGAUGGACGCUUUGGUGGCGAGCCGUGACGUGGCCCUCGCAGAUCUCUUCCUUGGCGACGCCCUCUCGGCAUCUCUGUCGCUCGAGACGGCGGCGCGCAUGGUCCACCAAUGCUUGGCCGCGUUCGGUUGGCCAGCGCUAGCGGCCGCGAUGCGCCGGCUUCUAAAGCGCUGGGUCAGGCGAAGCAUGCGCGAGACAGCCUCGCUCUUGGUGAGCCUUGCGGGGGCAGUCGACGCUGGCGUGUGCGCGCCGCUGCGGCAGCCGUUUGCGUGCGAGUUCUUCAAGCUGUGCUGGCACGAGGUCUUGGCCCAUGAGGACACGUGGUCCAAGAACUCGAUCGACGAAAACCUUUUGAUCAUGGAGUGGUACCUUGACGACGUCGCGUCCCUCGACACGAACAACCACUGGCUCGGCCACCGACUGCCGCCGGCGCUCGUCUCGGUCGUCGACAGUUUUCUCUACCACCGCUGCCGAGCCACGUACACGCUUCUCACUUUGCGCACCGAUGAUGUCGUCUGGCAGCUCGAGCACAUACCGCUCUGUUUGCUCCAAGCGCUCGAGGUCCAGCCUGCGAUAACCCAACGGCCGUACAUGGAUGCACUCGUGCACCUCAUCGACCGACACGACAUGGACGACCUCUUUGAGUGGGACGAUGCGCUGAGUGUGACGGGCGGCUACAGUCUCCUCGUCUGCAUGAACCGUCUUGGCCGCUGCGACGAGACCUUCUUGGCCAAGAUGCGGAUUCUGUGCUCGUUCCGCACCAUCAUGGCCAUUUCGCAGCUCGUCACCCAGGAAUCGGUGACUCCAUUGACGGCCGAGAUCCUAACGAGCUUCCUGGUCGAUGACGCGACCGACGUCAUCGACGAAGCACUCGAGAACGACGUCAUCGUGCGACUUGCCAUAGCCACCAUCGACGCGCUCGUCGUGCUUGCCCCCGAGAAAGUCGCCGAUUUCAUGACGCACUGGGUGUGCACCGUCAACUCGCUGGACGCGAACCGGCGCAAACUCUACCCAAUCGUUCGGGCGUUGGCGCAAAAGUUCGCCCUAGUACCGGUCUUUGCGAAGAUGACGGUGGUCCUGGCGACGUUCUGCCGAUCGGUCUUUACAGCCUCCGGGAUCCGCCCCGAGCUGCUCCCAACUGUCGUCGCCGACUUUGUCUUGGGCGAUGUGCCUCUGGACCCGACGCACUGCAGCCAGUGCAUGGACGCUGCCAUCUUCUUGAAAAAUGGGGUUGUGACUCAAUUCCAACGAAACACUCGGAUCUGCGCCGACAUUCGAGCGCUGGCCAACGCACACGCGGAUCGACUCACGCUUCAAUGCAGCGACUGGUCGAACGCGUACGAGCUCCGGAAAGUUCCUGGCCAAGCGACCGAAGCCGAGCGGAUCCAGUACAUUCGAGCGCACGGCGACCAAGCACGCGACAUCACGUGCGUCGCGACUCUCGACACACUGAUCGCAGCGCUGACGGCGAGUGAAUCUGGGGACCAAACGUGUGCGUCCCGACCUCACAAGCGCCACCGUAGCGACGGUGCGUAGUGUGGUCCGCAACAUCUUGCAACGAGCAUGGUCCGAGACUUGGAUUCGACGUGUACAGGAUUUAAACUCGAUGUACAUCGACUUGAAACAUUGAACUCAACUACGUGUCUUCGCACAUGUCGUCGUCGCCUUGUUCGCUCACUG